AUGAAAAUUUCGAAAAUUUUAAUUUUUCUUUUUUUAAUUUGCCUGUUUGAAGUGACGGAAUGCGGUGAAGACGAGAAACCGAAAAAGGAUCCGAAAAAAGAAGAUCGAAAAUCGAAAAAGUUGAAGAUUGUGAUGAAGAAGAAGGGUGAAAAGCAAGGGGGUAAAGUAACUGAAGAAGGGAAAAUUCAAGGAGAUAGAAUGAGUGAAGAUAGGGAUGAUGAUGCUCCUCAAUCAAUUUUGAUGAAUCUCCCAAGCCUAGGAUUUUUAAAAGAUAUUAAGCCAAGUCAGUGUAAUUAA